GCCGGUGAUUUACAAAGGAAGUGGCCAGAUAUUUCGAGUUCUGUUAUAGCUGGCAAUAGAUAGAAACGAUGGACUUUGAACAAAGAGAGGACAUCGACGGGGUUAGAUGCUCGUGGAACCAAGUGCCGCGGUCUGCAUUGCAACACCAACGCAAUGUUGUGCCCUUGGGGAUGUUGUACACUCCGAUGAACCAUGGGGUCGAAGUGACCCAGGCCCCAGCUGAAGCCAUGACCACAUGUCGUCAGUGCCAGGCGUUCCUCAAUCCAUACUGCCGGGUAGAUGGCACCGGGGCCACAUGGACAUGUGCCAUGUGUGGCUUCCAUAACCGAUUGACUCCGGGGCAAACCAUCCCCUUACAGGCCACCACCGUGGAAUAUGCCACGGGGAGAAGUAGUAGAGUCCCUCCAGUGUAUGUGUAUGUGGUGGACACUUGCUUUGAAGGAGAUGAAGAUCUCAAGGCGUUCCAAGCGUUGACCGAUUCUGUGUUUGAACUGAUGCGUUCAUUGCCCGAAGAUGCACUUGUUGGGUUCAUUUCGUAUGGACAAAACGUCCAGGUUCAUGAGGUAGUUGCUGGGGCCACUGGAGUGCAAAAAAAUUGGGUUUUCAACGGAGCUAAAGAGUAUACAUUGGAGGAAGUAUCACAAAAUUUGGGGAUUUUGGACAGUUCAUUAAGAAAUAAACAACCACUGGCAGCUCCAGCGGGUGAUUCUAUCUUUGGAGUUGUCGGUCAAAGAUUCCUCUCACCUGUUGCUACCGCUGAAUACCAAUUGGAUACAAUCAUCCAGACCUUGAGGAAUAAUGCGUUCCCUCAUUGUACCAAGACUCAACGGUUGAACCGAUGCACUGGAGCUGCUCUUAAUGUCGCCUCGUUGCUUCUUCGAGCCGUCAUUGGCGCCACAAACACCAUCGGGGGCCAGAUCUUGGCCUACGUGGGCGGUGCGUGCACCUAUGGACCGGGGAUGAUUGUCAGUCAAUCGCUCAAGGACCCGAUCCGGUCGCAUCAUGACAUUGAACGUCAAAAUACCCAGAUUGUCCAGAAUGCCGUCGGGUUCAACAAGCCACUCACACAUGAGGCCCGCAAGUUUUAUGGCACCAUUGCCGAAAGACUUGUGGCCAUGGGGAUCAGUGUCACGCUCUUGAUUGGUAGUUACGAUCAAGUCGGACUCUUUGAAAUGGAGGCCAUUUGUAACCGUACCGGAGGUGAUCUUGUCAUGUGUGAUCUGUUUGAUAGUACCAUUUUCAAACAGAGUGCCCGUAUGGUCGUCCUGACCACACAAUUGUGUCUCAAUGCCACCUUGGAGGUUCGUGUUGGGGACUCGUUGGGAAUCCAAGGGUUAUUGGGUAAUGCCACGGCAAUCCCACUGGCCAAACGUGAAAAUAGAUUUAUUCUGCAAAGUAUAGCCAAGUUGGGCUUGGGACAACUGGGCACAAAUUGUUGGAAAUGUUGCAAUGUCGGACCACAAUCCACAUAUGCCAUUUAUUUGGAAAAACGGGAUUCCACCACCGUGGGUCAGACAUAUGUCCAAUUCAUAUUCCAUUACCAAAGCCCAGAAGAUGGUCAAUUGAGGCUUCGUGUGACCACCAUCCCGCUUCAAAUCGUGCAAGACAACGAUAUCGCAGCCAUGGAGUAUGGGUUUGACCAGGAAACCUCCUUGGUACUCAUAGCUAGAGACCUUGUACAUAGACUCCAGGCACAAGAAGCUAAGGAUCCACAGACUAAAGUGGGGUCUGAAGACGUGGUGACUCUUUUAGACAAACGAUUGAUUGACUUUUGUGCACGAUUCGCCGUUUACAACAAGGGAGAUGUCAACUCGUUCCGUCUUUCCACCACUUAUCAAAUGUUACCUCAAUUCAUGUACCAUUUACGUCGGUCUCAACUUGUCAAAGUGUUCAAUAACUCCCCCGAUGAAACCAGUUAUGUGCGGCAUUUGUUCCUUCAUGAGGAUUUGACCAAUUCAUUGACCAUGAUCCAACCAACCUUGAUGUCCUACGAUAUAGAUAAUUACUCUGGUGGUGAACCAGAACCGGUUUUACUCGACUCGCAAUCUCUUUCCCCGGGGAGAAUCCUUCUUUUGGAUACUUUUUUCCAAGUUUUGAUUUUCCACGGUUCCAGGGUCGCCCAAUGGCGUAAGGCUGGGUAUCAUGAACAAGAAGAAUAUGCCUAUUUUAAGGAAUUCUUGGAGGCUCCAAAGAGUGCCGCCAUGCAACUUCUCAUUGAACGGUUCCCAUUGCCGCGGUUCAUUGACUGUGACGAAGGUGGGUCCCAGGCUCGUUUCCUCAUGGCCAAACUUAACCCCAGUACAAACUAUGCUUCACAUCCAAAUAACGGGUAUGGUAGUGGAGUCAAGGAUGUUCUUACUGACGAUGUGAGCUUGCAACUGUUCAUGGAACAAGUUCAAAAGAAGGUUGUUGCCAAAUAAAAGAAGAAGUGAAACUUGACAGUGUAUAUGGCAUCGAAUGAGAGGAGAAUAUAGAUACAAUCAGAC